CAACCAUCAUCGAAGAAGAUAGUAGGGACAAUCAAACAUUGCUACUCAAAGAUAAUUCUCCACCAUUGUUCAAGUUGGUAUUGAGACUUCUCUAUACCUUGUCAAACUUUAGUCACUGCAACCAUAUCAACACCUGCCAAUCUCUUCUCACAAAGCAAGCAUGUUCGCCAUCCAAGCAGCGCCAAAGUCGUCUGCGACUGAAACUCAACCGUCAACGGAUCGGUUCACUCCGAACAUCCUCCCCUGCAAAAUCCACUACGAUGGGCCCGUGAAGACAUUGGAUCGGUAUUGGGAACCCCAAGCCGACGAGAAAGAAAAAGACGUACAGAUCGCAUAUUUCCGCGGUCGUAGGCUCAAGGGUCGACAGGUUGCUAUUCCAGAAGGCUAUAAAGGCGUCAUCGCAACAAGCACAGACCGUGUAUUGCCCCCUACUCGCAAUGAGAACGAAGCCGAUGUUGAGGAAGUUCAGCCGGAGGAGCCGGUCAAGAUUCUCGAGAAGCAGGGAACCUUCAACGAGUAUAUGGUUUGGGGGCAUGAGUUGGUACCCGCGGCGGACGAUGCCUUCGUGAAGGGGGUGGAGGAAUGGAUCAAAUUGGCUGAAGCGGUAUGUGUGCAUGCAAUUUCUGGCCAGUUUUCUACUAAAGAUCUUGUUGUAGAUGCACGGCCAGCCCAGCAAUGAACCGAAGCCGUCUUCAUGAGCGACGCCCUCGAAUACCAAAAGGUUUUCGCCCACCACAAUGAGCCAAACGGAUUCAGCUCUCAUCGCAGCGGCGCCAGCACCUCUCACAGCGCAUUCUUCACCCCGAGCCCAGGGUCAACCCGAACAUGUUCGCGACGUGGCUCGAUCACCAUUCUGCGGACGCGCAAAUCGAAAGCAUGGCGGGCAUAAUGGCGCAAUAGACGGCGGGCAUCAGUGUAGACAAUGUAGUCCGUGACAUACAACCGAGAAACGAACGAGGGUAACCUAGGAUUAUGUCUACCAUGUCGAUUUUGUUAUCGGGAGGAUGAAAGGUACACACCCACCAGCAUCACGGGUGAGCAAUAUAUAGAUAGAUUGCAUGGGGCUUUUCCGCUCUGGACUCGUCUUCUAUCCACGAG